AAACCGUUCGCAUUCGCGAAGAACAACACAUUCCCCUCUCUUCUGUCAAACACAGUAUACAAUACGUUGAAGUUAUUCUAGACUCGAGAUACUGUUUGCCAGUGUCGACAACAUCCACGUGAGCUUAGAACGAACGAGAACUUCACAAAGAACGUAUCGAUUCAUGCGAAAUAUAUUUUUCGAAGCGUUUUAUUUUAACAGUUCUUUCGUAUGAUAUUUUAUCACUGUCCUUUAUACCAUUCUCCUUUUUUGUAAAACAAUCACAUCGUCAUCUGGUGAAAGUUCCGUUUCCUUUCCCGUGGUACGACUUGCACAUUUAUAUUUGCAUACUUGCUUACAUUCGAAGGCAUAUUCAGUAAGAAAAAGGCAUUUGGUAUUUGUAAACAUCGGACAAAGUUCAAUAUGACUGGUACAACUACCACUGAAAAGUCGGCUAACAAUCCUUUGGAACAGUUUGUGCUACUUGCAAAAACUGCCAAAGGAGCAGCUGCUAUAGAGCUUAUUAAACAAGCGGUAGAGACACCAGGUGUCCAUGUAUUUGGAGAAUUAUUAGAUAUGCCUAAUAUCAAAGAACUUGAAAAUGGGCCUUAUGUUCAAUAUUGGAAUACUCUGAAUUUAUUCGCAUACGGCACAUAUAAAGAAUAUUUAGAGAACAAAGACAAGGUUUUAGAAUUGACUCCUACUCAAAAGAAAAAACUUCAGCAUCUAACAAUUGUAACACUAGCUACAAAAUCUAGAUGCAUACCAUAUUCUGUAUUGUUGGAGGAAUUAGAUAUAAAGAAUGUUAGAGAUUUAGAGGAUUUAAUAAUAGAAGCAAUUUAUGCAGAUAUAAUACAUGGCAAACUGGAUCAAAAAAAUUCACAAUUAGAGGUAGAUUAUGCCGGUUUAGGACGUGAUGUUAGACCUGCUGAUACAGGUGUAGUGGCUGAAACAUUAGCUGCUUGGGGUCAGGCUUGUGACACUGUAUUAGCAUGUAUCGAAGAACAAGUUACAAGAGCAAAUGUAGAAAAACAAAAGGCCACUUAUCACAAAGAAAGAAUACAAAGAGAUAUUGCUAACAUAAAAAAAUCACUUGCUGCACAAGCUGGAGGUGGUGGUGUGCAAGAAGCCGAUAUGGCAGGAGGUAGUUCAGGAUCAGGAGGAAGUGAAUCAAGUAGGGAAGCGUUAUCAGCUCCACCUGAUGCAAAGAAAAAGCAACAGAAGGUCAAAGGUAUUAAAGGAAGUGCGAUUCGAAGCAGACAAAUGUAAAUCGUGCACAAUACCGUGUCACGAGCAUGGCAAACACAUUGUGAUCGUCCUCACAUCGAGACCUUACAAUAAUAAAUGAGAAAACGACGAACGAUUUUCUUACAAGAAAGAAGAAUAAGUACUUUUAUAACGAAUAAGCUUCCGAAUUUUGUAAAAAUGUCUAGUAUGUAUUAAGAGUUUUUAGUCCAGACCAAAGAUUUUAUACUUUGCGUUAAUAAGGUGUGAAUGAAUAACGAAGCAGGGUUCGACAAGUUUUAUAGGCAAAUCUAUUCAUAUAGUUGUUGCAAUAAAUUGCAUACAUAUUUAUUAUUGUAUCUGUGCCUAUACACAAAAAUACUGUCAUUCAUACUGUAUGACAGUAGAAUACAGCGUGAUGAGUUGCUUAAAUGUGUCUCGUACAAUAUUUAUAGUUUUUUUUUUCCAUCGUUUGUGUUAUCUUGUUGUCUUUUUAUUUUCACCCUAUAAAAAAUGAUGAAAUAACGUGGAUACGAGAGAGAGAGAACAAAAUAUAAUAACUGAAGUGAUAAAGUGUAACUAGUCGGAUCGACCGUUGUUAUUAAAGAAAGAAAAAAAGAAAAGAGAAAAGGAAAAGUUGUGUGUUUAGGAGGAUGUAAACGGUAUAUGAACGAUACGUUGCUUUAGUGAACAAGAAAUGUCAGUUGAAUUACAAAGCGUUGUAAUUGCUAAUGGAAUAAAAAGAUAAUUUAUUUUA